AUGCACGCCCUAAGUCGACUCCAGCAGCAUGCUGUGGUGCUGCAAGCUGUGGAGGGCGGCUCUGGGCACCGCGGCAUGAGCGGCGGCGGCAGCAGGCGGCGGCAGCGGCCCCAGCCACGCAGCUGCAGCAGGCUGAGAAAGGUACCUCCGGCAGCGGCGCGGCAGGCACCAGCAGCGCUCGCGGCGGCCGACACCGGCGCCGGCGCCGGCUUGGCGCCAGCAGAGGCGAAGCGCACCGCCGCUGCCGCCGCCGCCGCUACCGCCGACGAUGCUGCCACAGCGGCCAUAGAGGCCGCGGAGCGAGAGUCUCUCGAGCUGCUGGAGUGGCCGGCGCUGUGCCGCCAGGUGGCCUGCUUCACACGGACGCCCAUGGGCGCGGAGGUGGCGCUGCAGGGCAGGCUGCCGCUGGGGCGCAGCCAGCAGGAGAGCGAGCGCCUGCUGCGGGAGACGGGCGAGGCGCAGCAGGCGGAGCUGGAGUUUCAGGGGGUGUACGACAUUCGGCAGGCUGUGGAUGCCGCGCAGCAGGGGCGUGUGCUGCACCCGCUGGUGUUGGGGGCGGCGGCCACCACGCUGGGCGCUGCCGCACGCAUGAAGUGCCGCCUGCAGCUGGAGGGAUCCGCCCAGCAGCAGCAGCAGGAGCAGCAGGCGGGUGGGGGGCAGUUCCCGGCACUGCGGGCGCUCGGGGCAGGCAUCGGCAGCGCCCUGCCACAGCUGCGGCAGGCCAUUGAGCAGUGCAUCAAGCCUGGGGAGGGUCGCGUGCUGGACUCUGCCUCGCCCGCGCUGGCCGAGGUGGUGGUGCGCCGCGACCGCCUGUGCAUCCCUGUGCGGGCGGGGCGGCAGGGGGAGCUGCCCAAGGGGUCGGUGUGCCUGGCCGCCAGUAGCACGGGCAGCACGCUGUACCUGGAGCCUCAGGUUGGGCAGCAUGCUCAGCAGCUGCGCAGCGUGCUCAGCGCCAUCGCCUCCCUGGAUGUGGCCGCCGCCCGCGGCCGGCACGCCGCCUGGCUGGGCGCCGCCGCGCCGCCGCGCUUCCUGACCGCCGAGCAGGCGGCGGCGGGCGGGCCGGUGCAGCUGCCGCGCGCCUGGCACCCGCUGCUGCUGCAGCCGUGCCUGGCACCGCUGCCGCCGCCGCCGGUGCUGGAGGAGGGGCAGCAGCAGCAGCAGCAGCGGGUGGAGGCUGAGUCCCUGAGCGGCCCGCUGGCGGGCCUGGCGCUCGUGCCGGAGCUGGCAGCCGCCGCCGCGCCGCAGCCUCUGGGUGCAGCAGGCAGCAGCACGCCCCGCCGCGGCGGCGGCGGCAAGGCCGGGGCGGCGAGCGGCGGCGGCGGCAACGACAAAGGCGCCGCCGCCGCCGCAGCCGGGCAGCCUGUGCGGCCUCAGCCUGUGGACCUCACCGUUCCCCCGGGGGUGGCCGUGGUGGCGGUGACGGGGCCCAACACCGGCGGCAAGACUGCGUCGCUCAAGGCUCUGGGGCUGUCAUGCCUGAUGGCAAAGGCAGGGCUGUUCCUGCCGCAGGCGCCGCCGCAGGGGCAGGGGGAGGCGGAGGUGCAGCAGGCGCAGCAGCGGGGGGAGGGGCAGCAGCAGCGUGCACAGCAGCAGGGUGCGCAGCAGGCUGGGCAGGGCCUGCUGUGGUUUAACCGCGUGCUGGCUGACCUGGGCGACGGGCAGAGCCUGCAGCAGAGCCUGUCCACCUUCAGUGGCCACGUGCGGCGCAUACGCAACGUGCUGGCGGCCGCCACGCGCGGGGAGCUGGCCUCCACCGCCCCCGGCUUUGUCAACGCGUCUGUGGAAUUUGAUGUGGCCAGCCUGCGCCCCACCUACCGCCUGCUGUGGGGCGCGGCCGGCGAGAGCAACGCGCUCGCGGUGGCGCAGGGUCUGGGCUUCUCGCCCGCGGUGGUGGCGGCGGCGCGGCAGGUGGCGCAUCAGCUGCACCACUCUGGCCAGGCCGCGGGCCAGCGGUCGCAGCUGCUGCAGGCCUCGCUGGCGGGGCAGGUGGAGGAGGCGCGGAGGGCGGCGGCCGGCGCCGCGGCGGCGCGUGCCGCCGCCGAGGCCGCCGCCGCCGAGGCCGCUCGGGAGCUGGCUGAUGCGCGGCAGCGGCAGGCAGCCCUGGGCAGGGCUGCGGCGGAGGCCAAAGGUGCCGGUGCAGCGGCACAGCGGGAGGUGCAGCAGCUGCUGGCGGAUGUGCGGGCGGGGCGGGUGGGCAGCCGCGAGGCGGAGGAGCGGCUGCGGGAGAUGGAGCGGGCGGCGGCGGCGCCCGAGGCGGCGGCCGCCACGCUGCUGGGCCUGCGGGCAGCGGCCAAGGGCGGCGGCGCUGGGCUGGCCGACGACGGUGCCAACGGCGGCCAGGGUGCGGCGGCGGGCUGGACGCCUGCCGAGGGCGAGGCGGUGCGUGUGCUAAAGAUGGGCGGCGCGGCGGGCAGGGUGGUGUCUGCGGCCGGCAGGAGCGGCGGCAAGGUGGGGGUGCGGGUCGGCUCCCUGACCGUGGAGCUGCGUGUGGCUGACCUGGUGCCAGCUGGCGCCCAGCACGCCCAGCAGCAGCCAGCGCCGGGUGCAGCAGCGGGCGGCGCCCGGCCGCGCGGCGGCGCCGCCCCGGGCCUGAAGGCGGCCGCCGGCCAGCUGCGGGCGCGCGGCUCGCUGCGCGGCGGCGGCGGCGGCGACGGCGGCGGCGACGGCGACGCAGGCGGCGCACCCCCCACCCCCGCCCUCGCCAUCCAGACCUCUCGCAACACUGUGGACGUGAGGGGGCGGCGGUCGGAGGAGGCGGCAGCCGAGGUGUCGGCGGCGGUGCUGUCUGCGCCCUCGGGCUGCGCGCUGUUUGUGGUGCACGGCGUGGGCACGGGGCGGGUGCGGGCCGCGGUGCUGGCCAUGCUGCGGCGCCACCCGCGGGUGGCACGCCUGGAGGAGGCGGAGGCAAGCAACGGCGGCUGCACCGUGGUGCACGUCAGGUGA